AUGGACACGCAGAGCCCAACUGUGCAGAUAUGGUCCACCCUUGCGCUCGCCGCGCUUUCCCUCAUCCCUCACCAUGCCCUCCGGGUUACAGCGGUUGUGAUCUGCUCGCUGAUCUGUUUGGCGCAUACUAGUAUCGUGGCCAUCAGGCGCCCCGCGCGCAUCUUGGCGGGGAGCGCAGCCGUCCUGGAUGGCGUCGAACAGGCUAUCGCGGAGGCGAUGUGCGGGAGCCAUCGACUGGUCUUUCUGGAAGAGAGCUUGGAGCUGCUCCGGCUCAGACGCGCUCUAUCGCUCUACCGAUCGUCCCUGCUCACCACCCACCCGACGCGGCCGCUCUCCUGGAUGGCGUAUAUCGCACUGUGGAGCCAGAUAUCGCGGCUAAUGGCAGCGGCUCAGCGCAUCUCUUUGGGCGUGCAGCUGCGCAUUGAAACAAGUCGCGCGGACGCAUACGCCGAGCGGAUCAACUCGUCCCUGACGCUGCUCGGCCCAGGCCAGCCUGAGCGUGCUGCGAUUGCGACUGUAUAA